AUGGCCUCAAGCUCUAAGCAACCACCAAAGGGUAUUCUCAAGAAGCCCAAGUCCAUGAAAGAGCGGGAUGCCGACCCUAAAGAGAUCGCCAUCGCGCAUGCUAAGAUCAUCCAGCAUCGCAAGGACCUUGAAGCAGAAAUCCUUGAUAGCUUGGUCAUCCUCUCCGAAUACCCUCUUGUUCGCGAAUCUCCUUACAAUGCCUCGAACCCUGCUUCGUCCGACAUAGCCGACUUCAAGGCUCACGUACGCCUAUUCCAGCCCUCCGAUUACGACGACCUCAUCAUCGAGCGCAAUGUGAAUGAGCUUUGUGGUUAUACCCUCUGUGCACGACCACGCAGGAACACAGGGCCUGGCGGUCAGUGGAAGAUCGCUUCCAACGGCAACAUCAUGAAGCGCGAGGACCUUGAAAAAUGGUGUUCUCAACAAUGCGCUCGCCGCGCCCUUUACGUCAAGGUUCAGCUUAAUGAGACAGCUGCAUGGGAACGUGCAGGUAUUCCUGAUAUCGAGAUUGAUCUGCUCGACGAGGACAAGUCCAAAGAAACGGAUGUUGACAGGGCUACCCGAGAGAUGGGCCAACUCAAGCUGGAAGAGCAAAGGCAAGCGGCCCGUGAUACUGCGGCCCUGGCUCUCGAACGAGGCGAACCUGAUGCAUCUCAAAGCAAGAGCAAAAAGAUGAACAUUACGCUCAAGGAGAAGGAUGCAAAAGCACCCUCCACAACACCCGGCAAGUCCGAGGUUUACGAUGCCGAACACUUACUCGUCGAAGGCUACAAAACAAAACUGAAGUUGAAGGAUGACGAAUAG